AUGAAUAAUCCGGGAAUUCAUUCCUCAGAUAUUCCCCAUUCGCUACAUCUUGACGCGCUAUCCGGUGUUGCUGAGGAUGCAUCCACAUUGGCAGCAGCACAAGCACAACACCACCAACAUGAUAUACAAGAACAUGUCCCGAGUGCCGAGUCCACCGACGCACAGUCAUUGCAUCCCCUACAAACCGCCGUUGGAGUCUUAGACUCAUAUUCAAUCCAGCAACAAGAGGAGCAAAAUGAUGACCGAUCAUUUCGAGAAUCAUACAAUCUGCUUGCCCGCGACGAUUCCCAUUCUCUGCGCAUGCAACCACAGUGCAAUACCUUCUCCGAGGCCUCGAUCUUCUCACCCAAACAGGGCGGGUACCUUCGAGACAUGCCAUCGGUCUUGGAUCCCCCUGACCUGGACCUGUGGAGAGAAAGGUUAUUUAAUGUGGAUGAGACGAUCGUGCUAAGUGAAGAGCAACAACGAUCUGAUAAAAGCACGAUAGAUUCCUGA